AUGAGUUUAAAACCGUUCACCUACCCUUUUCCAGAGACAAGGUUCCUUCAUGCAGGACCCAAUGUAUUUAAGUUCAAAAUCAGAUAUGGUGACAGUAUCAGAGAAGAAGAAAUAGAGGACAAGGAAGUCAUCAUCCAGGAGCUGGAGGAUUCUAUCCGUGCAGUCUUGGCAAAUAUGGACAGCCUGCAGCCCUUUGUUACAGAACACUUCACUGUAUUUCCCUAUAAAAGCAAGUGGGAGAGAGUUUCCCACUUGAAGUUUAAACACGGAGACAUCAUCUUGACUCCCUACCCAUUUGUUUUCACUCUGUGUGUCGAGAUGAAAUGGUUUACUGGAGAUAUGCCUACAGGAAAAUCAACAGACGAUAGUCCUCUUGAGUUGGUCCUAGCUGAGAAGAAAGCAGAAGAAACCACAAUGCGGAAACGAAAACUUGUGGAGGAGCCCAACUCCCCUAGCAGGCCAAGACUGCACAGGGCCAAGAUAGAGACUUCUAAUGAAGCCUUCAGUAAUCAGAAGCCCCUGAAGAAAAACAAGAGGAACAGGGAAGGAGAAACCCAGCAAGAAUACCAGGAUACCCCAGUUUUUGAUGCCUCUGAUGUCCAGGAACAGGAGUCUAAGUUGGAGCAUAGCCUGCCAGAGCUGGUUGUCCCUCCCCUGCAACAUAGCAACCCACCACCACCCAAAGAACCAGGAUCCAGUGGUUUCUUUGGGUUUCUAAGCACUCUCUUCCCGUUUAGGUAUUUCUUCAGGAAGAGCAGUCAGUGA